GACCCGAACAUCAUCACCAACACGGCCCGAAUCGAUGCGGCGCUGCCCACCAUCAAGUAUGCCCUCGACAACGGUGCCAAGUCCGUGGUCCUGUGCUCGCACUUGGGCCGCCCCAACGGCCAGAAGGACGAGAAGUUCUCCAUGAAGCCGGUGGCCAAGGUGGUCGAGGAGAAGUUGGGACGGCCUGUGAAGCUGAUGAACGAUGUGGUCGGCGAGGAGGUCGAGGCUGCCUGCGCCGACCCCGAGCCGGGCACCGUGAUCCUGCUGGAGAACUCCCGGUACUACGUCGAGGAGGAAGGCAAGGGCAAGGAUGCUGAUGGCAACAAGGUGAAGGCCGAUGCCGACCAGGUGAAGGAGUUCCGUGCAUCUCUGGCCAAGCUGGCUGACAUCUACUGCUCCGAUGCUUUCGGCACUGCCCACCGUGCCCACAGCUCCAUGGUCGGAGAGGGCUACCCCGUGAAGUGCUCUGGCUUCCUCCUGGCCAAGGAGCUCGACUACUUUGCCAAGGUGGUGGACGCGCCCACUAGGCCAGUGUGCGGCAUCCUUGGCGGAGCGAAGGUCGCAGACAAGAUCCAGCUGAUCAUGAACCUCUUGGACAAGGUUGACAUCAUGAUUAUCGGAGGAGGCAUGGCUUUCACCUUCAUCAAGGAGGCCGGUGUGGACAUUGGCAACUCCCUCUACGACGAGGAGGGUGCCAAGCUGGUGCCGGAGAUCAAGAAGAAGGCUGAGGAGAAGGGUGUGGAGCUAAUCCUGCCCGUGGACUUCGUGUGCUCCUCCAAGUUCGGAGAUGAUGGCGAGAUCCAGGAGGGCGACAUGAGCACAGGCGUUCCCGAGGGCUUCUUGGGUCUCGACAUUGGCCCAAAGUCCAUCGCCAUGAACGACGAGGCCAUCAAGAAAUCCAAGACGAUCGUUUGGAACGGUCCUAUGGGCGUGUUCGAGAUGGAGGCCUUUGAGAAGGGGACGAAGCAGAUGAUGGAGACCAUCGUGGCAGUCACCAAGGAGGGUGCCGUCUCAGUCAUCGGUGGAGGCGACACUGCGACUGCUUGCAAGAAGUACGACACCGUGGACAAGGUCUCCCACUGCAGCACCGGCGGUGGUGCAUCUCUCGAGCUUCUGGAGGGCAAGCUCCUGCCCGGCGUGGCCGCUCUGGACGACUCCAAGGCCAUGGCAGAUGCUUAA